ACCACAACACUUGGCAUCAGUCACAGCACCAACAACCACUUUGUUCUUGUGGUUGAAUUGAAACGCAAGAUGGAGUUGACAUUAACUGAACAAGAUGCGGCUCAUUGGGUUUACAGAGGUGAAGGUGCUGCUAAUAUUGUUGUCUCAUACACGGGUUCCUCUCCUUCUUUUAUUGGGAAAGUGAUGCGCGUUCGCAAGUCUCCAAGGAAGGCAUCAACAUUGCCAGGAGUGAGGAAUACCAUAGCUCUGUCUUCGCAUGAACGCCUCAUCUGGCAAGAAGUGCACCAACUUAUUUCCUCUUCAGAUAAGGAAAUUGCUGGCCAACUAUAUGUCGAUCAUGUCCUGAAGCCUUUGCUUGGAUCCAAAUAUGUUGAUGCUGGGACUCACAUUCUGGUAACCAAGGAAUUCCUAAAGACUGUUGAGAAGAAUGUUGAUAGUCAGCGUCCGGCUUGGCGAGUUGAUGUUUCCCAGGUUGAUAAGCAAUGUGAUUUUGCUCUUCUCAUGUCAGAUCAUUCAAUCUUCCCUCACGAUGGUCAAGGAUCUAGCCAUAGUAUAUCAGUUGGAAUAAAGCCUAAAUGCGGAUUUCUUCCUCUUUCAACAUUCAUAUCUGAAGGAACUGCUACCAAAAAGACGACAACUCGAUUCGAAAUGCAUCAGGCUCUGAAAUUGCAACGUGGAGAGAUUUCACAGCGGAGUGUGUACAUCCCAUCUUCUUUUAAUUACCCAGAGAGGUACCGAGGCAUUGGGAUAAGGAUUGAGGAUGAGAUUCUCAUUACAUAAA